GCGAAAUAUGCCCUAGCAACAGCGAAUAAGCUGAUAGAUGUUUAUGGUUCUGAUGGAGUCAAGGCAAUGAAGGUCAAGAAUCACAAUCACCGCUUUGUCGUCAACUCCUUCCAUGGUCAUGCACACAAUCGCCACUGUCAACUCCAAUUCCACAUGCUUUACCAACAAGGUCUUGGGAUAGAGGACCUUGAAACUUGUGAACGAGUAUUCUCCGGAUCAAAUGCUGUGGCCCCAGUGAUACGGCAUGUGUUGUACUUUCAUUGGCUUCAAUUCAUUGAUUUACACUUCGACCAAUGGGAUCAAGAUCGGUACCAGGAACUGAGCCAAUUUAUGUAUCAAAAUUACAAGCAAGCACUCGAUAUCAUCAAUAACUUGACGCCCGUCAUUGAAGAACUCAAAACACAAUUGAAGAUUACGGACACUGACUUCGAGCAUUGGAAUAUUGAAGAGUUAGAGUAUCUUCAACACCUCUCAAUUGAACAGGAGUAUGAUCCCCAAAAGAUUGUGUAUGUGGAAGCUCUCCAGUCACUUACUAAGGCCGAGUAUGCGUUCCAUAAUAUAAGAUUUCUUUCAGCUGAUAAGGUUUCAGGGCUGUCAGCGCACGAUAAGCUCCUACUUGCAAUGAAUGUUGUAUCUGAUCUAGAGCGACAGUUGAGUAUUGAAACAUGGUGGACUGUAAACGACACGGAAUACAAACAAGCAUCAGCAUAUCUAACAAAUCAGCAGUUUAUUCGGGCAGUUGAACAGUUAGAAGGACUAGUCGUGCAGCGGCUGUUUGAGCUUGCAAAAGCCAACCUCGCUGGUACAGGUACAUGCACUAUCAGAUAA